CAGUGAAGCGUCUAUCGAUUUCAUACGUGAAAAGUAGAAGAGAAGGUGCACGCUCGGUCAUCGAUUUGACACAACAAGCUAAAGGGAUUGCUUGGAGGUACGAGGUCGUAAGAAUAGUGUGAAGGUGCUAUUUUUUUGGUUAAAAUUUGAGUUUCCUGGAGAUAUAAAACAAAAUUGUUUUUAAAUCGAGACUAACUUUCCCUCCGGGAUCCCGAUAAUUCCAGGGAAAAAUUGCAGUGAAGUGAUUUUCAAUCGUAAUAAUGCAAAAUUAUGGACACGAGGAUUAUGAUUACGGUGCCAAUGCAUCGGGUGCCCAGGGUGGAGGAAGAAAUCUUCCCAAUCCACCUGGUGCACGGCCCAAGGUCGAUCCCAUGGCCGAGGGUGAAGUGGAUCCAACGAUCUAUGGUCAGCCCAAGGAGGCUACCCACAAGAUACGAGGAAAGAGUGAUAUAAUUGAAUAUUUUUUUGGAACUGUUGACAUGGAGUUACUCACUGUGAAGACGUUCUACUUGUUCUUCUACUCGGCUUUUGGAUCCCUCUUUCCACUCAUGGGGGUGUACUUCAAGCAGAUGGGCAUGAAUGCUGGACAAUGUGGGCUUCUCAUUGGGUUGAGGCCCUUCGUUGAAUUUCUUAGCGCACCCUUCUGGGGCUCCUUGGCUGACAGAGGACCAUCAAAAAUUUUCAGAUGGCAGAAAGGCAAGAUUAUUCUCCUCGCGUCGCUCUCCUGCUGGAUAAUCUUCACCCUGCCCAUUGGCUUUGCCCAACCACCACCCACCACCUGUAUGGAGUGGAGCAACAACAGCGAGUGGCUCGCAGUCCCCAAAACCGGCACUCGGAGCAAACGAUACGUUGAUCUCGAUGAUUUUUACCAGCCCCAGGACAGCAAUGACGAGGAUCUGGAGGUCGCCGCCAACGUCGUAUUCGGGAGGAUGAGAAGGGACACGGACUACGCUGAUGAAAAAAGUGGGAGGAGUUAUUAUGAUUUAACGGGAAAUGAAGUCUCCAGGCGCCGGACGGAGCAUCGGUUGAAAAGCAAAAGGGUCAGGAGACAGGCGGAUACCACUGAUCUUAAGUACAAGCAGUUUGUCCCUGAGGGGGGUGUUGCGGAUGAUCCUGCGACUAAGGCAAUUGAUUUUGGAACUAUCGCCAAGUCCAAUCGUCCUGCCGAUGUUCUGGAGUACAAGAGGUUUCUCAGAAAUGAACCUCUCGACGGAACAAGACCUCCGAAGAAGGCGCACACGCGAACAAAAUUGCGAUCAAAGGCUCCUCGUGCCAAAGUAAUGGCCAAACGCUCAGUGGACCUCCACGACGAGCUCUUCGCAAACCCCGGACAGGAAGGCAUCACCCGGGUUGAUGACACGGGACGUCGACUCAUGUCUGCGGAAGAACAAGACGAUAUCGAGAUUGAGGAGUUCGAAGAUGACGCUGACGUGGAGGAGGUCGACGUGCCCCUCAUCCGCAAGAGGAGAAGCAUGAAAUUCGUCUAUCCAAAUCAUCACGGCAAGAGUCCAGUGUCUGUCAGGAAUGCGAAGAAUUACGAUCCCAAGGAGAACAGUGACUGGGUCAAACCGGCUUUCAGCUCCAUCGUUUACCGACUCGGAGACAUCCAAAAGACCUUUUUUCUGUUACUUCUUCUGGUGAUCGUGGGAGAAUUUUUCUCGGCUCCGGCGAUAACCCUGGCCGAUUCGGCAGUUAUCACUCUUCUCGGUGAGGAUGCCGACAGAUACGGUCACCAGAGAAUGUUCGGUAGUUUAGGAUGGGGUGUUGCCAUGUUCUUCGUUGGAAUCGUCCUUGAUCACAGCACGUUCUUUCCUGAUCAUCCCUGCACCCCCGAUCCCAGGGAGAAGAAUUAUACCAUUUGCUUCGCUACGUUCAGUGUUUUGAUGGGGGCGGCUUUGAUCACCGCUACUCAGAUCAAUUUCAAAUACGACUUCAUAGCUCCACAACCGGAAGUUGUGAAACCCCCUGCAGAGCCAACAAGAGAAGAGCAACUGCAGUCGGAAUUAUCUCAGCAGUUGAAUCUCCCAGGAUUGCAAGACUCGUCGGCAGCACCCCCCGUAGUUCCACCCCCCGAGGGCAAAACAAAGAUGUUUGCCCAGACAACGAGGGAGAUACCCGAGUGGGUGACGGUACUGAAGCAAUUCAAGGACCUCAAAUGCGCUUCAUUCCUGUUUGUCGCUUGGUUCAUGGGCUUUGGCAUAGGCCUUAUCUUCACUUUUCUCUUCUGGCAUCUCCAGGAUUACGGAGGAUCACCCACAUUAUUCGGAGUCGCCUCUGUGAUCAAUCACAUUUCGGAAAUAUUCGCGUAUUUCUUCAGCUUCAGAUUAAUUGGAGAAUUCGGUCAUGUUAAGGUUCUUUGCUUGGGCCUAGGCGGCAAUAUCCUUCGCUUCCUCUACAUAUCAUAUCUGAAGAACCCAUGGUGGGUCCUACCCUUCGAAUUCAUCCAAGGGAUCACUCACGCCGCCGUCUGGGCUGCAUGCUGCAGUUACAUCGCUCACAACACACCCCCGCAGUUGCGAUCGAGUGCCCAAGGGGUUCUCCAGGGGCUUCAUCACGGUCUUGGGAGGGGAUGUGGGGCGGUGAUUGGGGGAAUGUUCGUUGCGAGCUACGGAAGUACUGCAACGUUCCGUGGAUAUGGCCUCCUCUGCGCAGUCGUUUUAGCAGGCUUCAUCUUCAUAAAUUUCUACAGAAAAGAUACUGGAUUCGUUGCGGAUUUACCGCAGACUGAGGAUCCCCAUCAAGUGGCUGAGGCAACUCAUCUUGCUCCACACGGUGUACCAAGUAAUGCUAUCCCACGGGCAUUAAGUUCAAGUAGGCUUCACGAGCUUGCACAAGAGCCUGGUUAUGGAGCUACUUAUCAGACUACUGGGGGAAAUCUCAAUGUUCCAGGGGGCAACGGAGGAGGAAAUUCGAAUAAUCCGUUCUUGAGCGGUGGCGGUGGUGGUAGCGGUGGAGGUGGUUACAAUUAUGGUAUGAGCGGUAAAGGAGAGGACGAAUUCAUUCGUAGGAGCUUCCAGACUUACAGUGAAGUGGUCGGUAGGGAGUACGACCUGAAACCACCACCAGUGGUAACUCAUCUUCAUGCCCAGCAGCCUUGCACCAAUCCAUUCCAUCAGCAUGACUACGAUUGGUAACAAAACUGCCAAUUCGCAGUUGCAUUUGUCUAGUCAUUAACGAGGGCGAAGUAACGAAGAGAUGAUUCAUGAAAUAAAAUAUUCUUGAAUGAAGAGUAUGAUGGAGAAUGUCUAUUUGUUCUGGAAUUAAGAAGCUCUAUAUUCUUCAUUGAAGAGUAUUUUAUUUCCUCAGAAGGAAAAUGAGAGCAUACAAUAAACAGCUGGACGAUUUUUUAAUUAAGUGAUGGAUGAACAAAGAACGAAAGGAGGAGGAUGGAUCACUUGACCAUCUUGAGGUUCAUAGUCUGGUUCAUUUAUCCGUCAGUACACGUAUCACAUCACCGAGUAUAUCAGUCGGUUGCCUCAGAUGAGUUUAAAAAUAAUUUAAAGAAAAAUUCAUCAAGAUAACACCUCUGAGGUGAUUGCAGUCUAAUUUGUCUAGUCAUUAUGGAGGAAACAGAAACGAAGAUAAUACAUGAAAUGUAAUAUUGUUGAAUUAAGCGUACGACUGAGAAUAUUUAUUUAUUUUGAAGUUAAGAAGCUUUAUAUUCCUGAUUGAAUAGUAUUUUAUUUUCCGAGGUGGAGAGGGUUGAGUGUUCAGGUGAAAUGAAAGCUCUGCAUUCAUGUGAAUGUUUUGUAUUGUGUUUGCUCCAACUAUUCAUCACUGGCAUGGUUAUUACUUUUUUAGGACAUUAUUUCUACAGAUAAAAAUUGAUAAUUGUAGAAGAUCUAUCUUGGACGAGAGAAGAUCUAUCACUUGACUAUCCGUAGAUUUCUAAUCUCGUUCAAUUGUCUGUCAGUUCGUCCAUCAUAUCACCUCAUUCGUACGUCAUUCCGUUGUCCGAGAUAAACUUAAAAAUAAUCUGAUGAAAAAAUUCACUGGUAUAUCAGUCCCCAGUGACGAAUCUAACGAAGUUAAGCCAUCCAUUGAAAAGCCAACACCAAAUGAUUUAUAAAAUCGGCAUGAGUCUCCAUUUUCUCAUAUUUCAAUUAAAUAUCACCAUCUCGAAAAACUUGUAUUUUUAACUGUUGACUUUAAAAUCCCCUCGAGUUUUCCCAGUGAGAUGACGACAACGUAAUGCAAAUUUGUAAAUAAUUAUUGAAUUUGCGAGAACUCCGAAGCAGAAUAAUUGUUUUCCGUUGAAUUUGCCUAGAUAUUCUUGAUUGAAAAAAAAACAACCGUAAAAUUAUGUAAGAGAAUAUAUUAUAAAUAUUGUACGAUUAGAGCCUAGACCUAAGCCUAUUACCUAUUGAUAAUUGAUCAAUGAAAAUGUGUUUUGUCCCAAGUCUAUGUUCAUUUCGUUGAGAUUGUAAAGAGGCUAAUGUAUCAGCCAGCCUUCUAUCCUCACGAGGCACAAAAAAUACUUGAAAAAAAAAUCUAAAUGAAUUGUACCUAUCUCAAACUGUUCUUUAGUCGUGAAAACAUUUUGUUUUCCAAUUAACGAUUAAGUAUUAAGAAGUAUUAAUGGUUGAAACAAUACGACGCGACGUCAUGGACACUUGUAUGAAUUUUGUGUCAUGAAGUUUGAAUAUAAAUUAUCGAAAUUUGGGUUGUA